UCGUGCUCGUCUUCUUUUUCGUUAUUUUUAUCGAAGAAAUAUGCCUUCCAUCGAAUUCGUUUGAUAAGGCUUUCUACUUUGUCCAUUAAACAUUUUAAGUAUGUAUUUUUCGAAUAUCCCGAUACCACCGAAAAAUACAUACUUAAAAUGUUUAAUGGACAAAGUAGAAAGCCUUAUCAAACGAAUUCGAUGGAAGGCAUAUUUCUUCGAUAAAAAUAACGAAAAAGAAGACGAGCACGAACACGUAUCUUUCGGUUUUAAAUCAACUGCAACCCCACCUGUUAACCCGAACCUUGCAAGCUUCGAAAGCGACCUUUACGACCUCAUCCGAAAAAUCGAAUUCCGCAAUGUUGACAAUUCGUUCUUAAACAAAUUGAAAACAGACGUUAAGAACAUCCAAAAUUCCGAAAAUGUAUUUGCUUUCGCCGAUAAAACUAAUAACCUAUACGAACUUCCGAAAAAUGAUUACACCAAACUCGUUACAGAAAAUAUCACAAAAUCGUAUGAAAAAUGUAGUACUUCUUUGAAAACCAACAUCAAUAAAGAGGCCAAAAAAAUCGCAAAAUCGCUAGAUUUAGACGCCAAAAUGCAAUGCUACUCAGAGAAACAGGCCUACAUUACAAUCAAAGACCACAAACCAAACUUCCCCCAAAAUGUCAAGUGCAGAUUAAUUAAUCCAGCCAAAACAGACAUGGGAAUCGUCAGUAAAAAGUACUUGGAGACCAUCAUAGAAAAAGUUCAGAAAGCAACGCAGGUCAACCAAUGGCGAAAUACAUCUACUGUAAUUGAAUGGUUCAGAAAAACACCAACUGAUGCAAAGUCAAAAUUCAUCAAAUUCGACAUUGUCGAGUUUUACCCUUCUAUCUCUGAAGAACUACUCGACAAAGCAAUUAAUUUCGCAAGAUCUGCUGUACCAAUCGACAACAAAGUCCUCGAUAUAAUAAGGCACAGUCGAAAGUCCUUGUUAUUUGAUAAAUCAUCGACUUGGGUUAAAAAAGGAAACGUUCUUUUCGAUGUAACAAUGGGUUCAUUCGAUGGAGCGGAGAUCUGUGAGUUAGUUGGACUAUAUAUAUUAAAAAAGAUCAGCAAUAUUAUCGAUAUCAAACAUGUUGGUCUAUACAGAGACGAUGGACUUGCAAUUAUCCAAAACGCCAAUGGACCACGAAUGAACAAAAUUCGAAAGGACAUCAUAACCUUGUUUAAGGAAGACAAAUUGUCAGUAACUAUCGAAACGAACCUGAUUGAAACAGACUUUUUGGAUGUAUCAUUUAACGUGAAUAGUAAAACCUACAAACCCUACAGGAAACCCAACAACGAUCCGCUAUACAUUAACAUUAAUUCAAACCACCCGAAUAAUGUAUUGAAAGUCAUUCCGAAGAUGGUAAAUGAAAGAUUAAUUGCGACAUCAUGUAACAGAAAAGCAUUUGAUGACGCAAAACCUUUAUACGAAGCUUCACUCUCCGCCAGCGGAUUUAAAAGCACAAUGGCAUACGCGAGUAAACCCAAACAACGCCCUAAUCGCCAAAGGAAGAUAAUUUGGUUCAACCCGCCGUUCAGUAAAAACGUUAAAACAGACAUUGGACGAUCAUUUCUCAAGAUUGUUAGAAAAAACUUCAGUAAAGAUCACAAAUAUUAUAAAAUCUUCAACAAAAACACCCUCAAGUUGAGCUAUUCAUGUAGCACAAACAUCCGAAACAUCAUAAAGGGCCAUAAUAAAAAAGUUCUCACUUCUGAAGAAAGGCAAAAACAACGACCUUGCAACUGCCGGGAUAAGUCCCAGUGUCCACUGAAUGGUGACUGUUUAGCUGCGUGCAUCAUCUACAAAGCGGAAGUCAAAUACGUAGACAAAAAGGAAUUUUACUACGGAUUAUGCGAAGGCGAAUUUAAAGAAAGGUUUAACAACCACAAAAAGUCCUUUCGACACGAGAAAUACAGAAACGAAACCGAAUUGUCGAAAUUAAUUUGGAGAUUAAAAGACGACGGAACAGACUUUGAAAUCUUAUGGAGUAUAGAAAGACGUGCAAUGCCGUAUAAGACAGGAGCGCGCACGUGUGACUUGUGCCUAACAGAAAAAAUAGCAAUUGUACGAGCUGAACCGAAGGGACUGUUAAAUAAAAGAACAGAACUUAUCAACAAAUGUCGCCAUCGCAACAAAUUUACUUUGAAAUGGUUGAAAUGAACUGUAACGAACAAUGUAUUUAUUUGUAUUUAUUUGUUUUAUUACGUUGUAUCACGUAAUUAAAAGGUUUAUACUUUAGUUAGUACCAACUUGUAUAAUUUGUAUCAUUUGCCUGAAGAUUGCUAAGAAGCAUGAAACUUUAAGUAGCAAAA